GCCAGCUCGCGCGGGACUUGGCGCAGCGCCCCGGACUGCGAGUGCCCCUGACCUCCUGGCCUGCUUGGGGACUGCAGGGGCGGGAGUGAUUUAAUACAAGAGAGAUUGGUCCCAAAUGAAUGGGAUUUUAUCUGAAUAAGUCACUGAAACCAUCCCAAGAAAGAGGCCAUCAGGAGCAUUUGAUAUAGCAUCUGACACUGUUUCAACUCAAGAAAUCAAAAUGAACCUCAACUCUUCCAUAGAUGAUGGUAUUAAAAGAAUCCAAGACGACUGCCCCAAAGCUGGCAGGCACAAUUACAUAUUUAUCAUGAUUCCUACUCUGUACAGCAUCAUCUUCGUGGUGGGAAUAUUUGGAAACAGCUUGGUGGUGAUCGUCAUUUACUUUUACAUGAAAAUGAAGACCGUGGCCAGUGUUUUCCUUUUGAAUUUAGCGUUGGCUGACCUCUGCUUUUUGCUGACAUUGCCGCUGUGGGCUGUCUACACUGCUAUGGAAUACCGCUGGCCCUUUGGCAACUACCUGUGUAAGAUUGCUUCGGCCAGCGUCAGUUUCAACCUYUAUGCCAGUGUGUUUCUGCUCACGUGUCUCAGUAUCGACCGCUACCUGGCCAUCGUCCACCCCAUGAAAUCUCGCCUCCGACGCACAAUGCUUGUGGCCAAAGUCACCUGCAUCAUUAUAUGGCUGCUGGCCGGCUUGGCCAGUUUGCCAUCUGUCAUCCACCGAAAUGUCUUUUUCAUCGAGAACACCAAUGUCACGGUUUGUGCUUUCCAUUAUGAGGCCAACAACUCAAUUGUCCCCGUCGGGAUGGGCCUGACCAAAAACGUCCUGGGUUUCAUCUUUCCUUUUCUGAUUAUUCUGACAAGUUACACUCUGAUUUGGAARGCCCUCAAGAAGGCUUAUGCCAUCCAGAAGAACAAGCCGAGAAAUGAUGAUAUCUUUAAGAUCAUCAUGGCAAUUGUGCUUUUCUUUUUCUUCUCCUGGGUUCCCCACCAAAUCUUCACCUUCCUGGAUGUGUUGAUUCAGCUGGGCGUCAUACGCAACUGUAAAAUCUCAGAUAUUGUGGACACAGCCAUGCCCAUCACCAUUUGCAUUGCUUAUUUUAACAAUUGCCUCAAUCCUCUUUUCUAUGGCUUUCUGGGAAAGAAAUUUAAAAAAUAUUUUCUCCAGCUUCUGAAAUACAUUCCCCCAAAGCCCAAGACCCACUCAAAUCUAUCAACCAAAAUGAGCACGCUCUCCUACCGCCACUCCGAUAAUUUAAGCUCCUCCACCAAGAAGUCAGCACCACCGCCUUUUGAGAUCGAGUGACAAGUCUGUGAAGCAGUCCUGUGAAAGGAAGAGCCAGGGAAACAUUCCUCUAUAGCACUGCUCUACCGAAUGAGCACUCGCCUCUUUUCCGAAUGUAAGCAGAUCGCURAUUAAGUGCACUGAUGCUCCUAUUCUAAAGCUCUGAACAAAAGCUUUUCUUUCCCUUUGCCACAAAAUGAAGCAAAGCCACGCUUUUCCAUGGUUUGCCUUAAACAGAUCACCGCUGCUCCCAGAACAAUAUCACAAACUGGAUGGAUGUGUUAAUUAGGAAAAUUUUACCGGCAGAAAUGCAAUCUCCCAUCUCCUCUUGUUCUGUCAUUUUUUUUUUUUUAUUUCCACAUAAAGGUACUUAGAAUAUGUUCAACCUUCAGAAGAGCAACAGAAGAUCCCUGGGAGUUCAAAGUUGCUCUGCCCAGUUUCCGAAGGGCAGUGAAGCUUUGGUGCCUGUUUAGCCAUUAGCAACGGUGGUCACUCCUUCCUGCUAUUACGCAUUUGGAACAAGGAUUAGCUAAGCAGUAGUUAUCAAGUUUCAGUACCUUUCGUGAAAUUCAGUCAGUGUCUUAGAGAUCCACACUACCAAAACUGUGCCAGCCAGAUGGCUUCGUUGUACAAUGUUGUCACUUAAGUCAUUGCAUAAAAGUUAAAACUAUUUGUAAAGCUGUUAUCCAGAUCCAUGGUGGCUCUGUCUUCCUAGUCCUGUUAGUUCUGUUUCAUAUCUGAGAAAUGUGUAUAGUUUAUGGUUAAAAGAUUAUAUGUCAUAAAGUAUGCCUUACUGUUUUUUAAAAAGUAUAUAUUCUACAUAUAUAUGUGCAUCUCUAAACUGCUGUUAUUUGAUUAA